AUGACCGCCCGGGCUGGUGAUGAUGUGGAGAUGGCCUGCUCCUUCCGCGGCAGCAGCUCCCCUUCCUACUCGCUGGAGAUCCAGUGGUGGUACGUGCGCACCCAUAAGGACUGGACGGAGAAGGAGAACUGGGACUCCAACCAGCUAAAAGCAUCUCCGCAGGAAGAAAUCGGGAAAGACGCCACGAAAAUAAGCGUGGUGAAGGUGGCGGGCAGCAACAUCUCGCACAAGCUGCGCCUCUCGCGGGUCAAGCCGGCCGACGAAGGGACCUACGAGUGCCGCGUGAUCGAUUUCAGCGACCGGCAGGCGCGGCACCACAAAGUCAAGGCGUACCUACGGGUGGAAGCCGAGGACGGCGCCCCCCCGGCCGGCGGCCGCCCCCUGCAAGACACGCAGCUGCUGCUCCUGGCCGCCGGGCAGACCCCCGAGCGCGGCAGGCCGGCCGCCCCCCGCCCGCCCCACCCGCCCCGCCUGGCCAAGGAGCUGAAGAAGCGCUCGCUGGACGAAGAAGCCCCCGCCUGCGCCCGCUAGAGACCCCCGCCCACCCCCGGAGCCCGGACCGGACCGCCCGAGCUGCGCGGAGGAGCUGCGCCCCGCAGGGAGAGGGUCUCCAUCUCCGCGCCCCCUUCCCCGCCCGGCUCUCCUGGACCGGGGGAGGGCUCCCCUCCUAGACCCCGCUCACCUGGAGCGGCAACCACGAACUUGCUGCGGAGGAUCGCUCGCAGCUGAACUGGCGCAACUGCGCGCCCCUCGCCUGUAAAUAAGCCCCGAGGCUCCCCGCCUACAUCCCCGAGCUGGGUGGGCGCGCGUUGAGGGGUCUCCCUCCGAAGC